GCAGCAGACAUCAUGGGCUCCCGGCACUUCCCUGCCCGGACCGUGCUCUUCGAGAAGGAAUCCAGCGGUGUCACAUACCGUGUCCCAGCCCUGCUCUACCUGCCCUGCGUGGCCAAGCUGCUGGCUUUUGCGGAGGAGCGGCUGAGCUCUGACGAUGCCCACGCCAACCUGCUGGUGCUGCGCCGCGGAACUGUCUACGGGAGCUACGUGGAGUGGGAAGACAUGCGCGUGCUGGAAACUGCGACGCUGCAGCACCACCGGUCAAUGAACCCCUGCCCUCUCUAUGACGAGUUCACUGGCACCCUCUUCCUUUUCUUCAUCACGGUGCUGGGCAGGACGCCUGAAGCCUACCAGAUUGUCACCGGCCAAAAUGUCACCCAGGUGGUCUCAGGCUACCACAUCGACUGCAAGGAGUGCUUCGGCCAGCUCUGCAAGACCACCCCUCACUCCUUCGCCUUCUACAGCGACGACCACGGCCGGGGCUGGCGCUUCGGGGAGUUCAUUCCCAACCUGCAGACGGGCGAGUGCCAGCUGGUCUCGGUGGACGAGGAGGACGGCUCCAACAUUCUCUACUGCAACGCCCGCAGCCCCUUGGGCUUCAGGGUCCAGGCGCUGAGCACAGACGAUGGAGCCGUCUUCCAUGGGGGGCAGCUGGUCCAGCGGCUGGAUGAGCUGCCCACCAUGUCCACUGGCAGCCACCACAAACCAGCCAAGCCCAAGGAGGCCCCAGGGCAUCUCAGCCAUGCUGGCAGUGUCACUGUGGUCCAAGGGGAUCCCGCAGCGACCUCCAGCCCCGCUGCCUUCUUCCAAGCGCCAACCUGGGUCCUCUACUCCCACCCCACCAGCUCCAUGUCACGGGUCAACAUGGGGGUUCACCUGAGCACCUUCCCCAGGGAUGUGGAGAGCUGGACUGCGCCGUGGGUCAUCUAUGAGGGCCCCAGCGCUUACUCAGACCUGGCUUACAUGGAGCUGCCCUACGGCGAGGCCUCCAUCUCUGGCAGCUCGUCCAUUGCUUUCGCCUGCCUCUUUGAGAAUGGGACGCGGUCGCCCUAUGAGCAGAUCUCUUUUAGCAUGUUCACGCUGCAUGAUGUGCUCCAGAACAUUCCCCUGACAGCUGCUGCUCCCAGGAGGGACAGCAGCCCGCCACGCUGCGGGAAGUGGGGACGAAGGAGCUGCCUCAUCUCCUAG